UGAUUUGUCAGGCCUGUCCUCGAUUCUGAAUCCACGUGAGGUUUCGGAAGAAUGUCAUACGGCGACAUCGGACUCCGGUUCGUAUUAGCUCAAGGCUCUGGGCUGCUGAUUUGGGUUUCAGCGCCUCAAACGUGGUUCAUCUAAAUUGCGGGCAGAUUCUGCGUAGAGUCAUCGUUCGCAGCACGGGAUUGGAGAAUGACAGAAACGAGCGGGAUGGAAUUGGAGAUUCCGAUUUUCGUUUUGUGAAUGGCGUGGACAGCAUUCACCCGUCCAAGUGGGUGAGUUCACGACUAGAUGACGAGUAAUUUCAGAUGUAGAAGUUCGAAGCUUGGAGGAGGUGGUCACGAAAACGGUCGAUGUGGUUGUCCAGGAGAACGCAGGAAUGGAUAGCUGGUGGCAGCAAGAAAUUGCGUUUUUUUCAUUUCCGAGUGGCGCGAGGAAUGUGGACCACUCGGUAAUCCAAGAGACUGCGGCUUGCCUAGAAAAAGGGCGGCGAAUCGAAUUUCUCCGGCUUUUGUGCCAAAUGUAGUAGGGCAGAAAGAAUGGAACCAUCAAAGAGGAAAGCCGAAUCUCGUAAACCACCGAAGGGUGGGUUCAAGAAGUCCCGCACCAGGGGAAGCAGAGAUGGUGGAAAGAGCUUCGACGGUACGGACACCACUGAUCAAUUCGAAGAUAAGUGGAAGAGAGGCGUUGAUGAGGUCGUUGACUCAAGACUUUGGGUACAGAAACAUUCUCCGGUCAGCGAAAAAGACUUGGCAGUUCACAAGCGAAAGGUGGCUGAAGUGAGGGAGUGGAUCGAAGAGCAAGUGCAAGACCCUCCCGAGUCCCACAGUCGAGUGCUGGUCUUAACCGGCCCCGCAGGCGUUGGGAAAACGGCAGUCGUGCUCACGUUAGCAAAAUCUAUGGAUCUCGAGUUGCUGGAGUGGACAACCCCAACGCCAACUCUGUGGAAUGAAUUUUCACAUCAUGCUGCUACAGGGGCACCUUACAUGUCGAAAAUUGAUGAGUUCGAGGUCUUCAUAGAGAAGGCAAGGAAAUUUGUGUCACUUCCAACUUCAUCAUUAAGCUCUUCAAUUCGACCUCAGACAAAGUCCUCAGGGUUGACAAAGCUAGGCGCUUCAAAGAAACGGACCAAAUUACUACUGAUAGAUGACCUUCCCAACGUCCACGACAAAGCGCAUCGUCAGCGUUUAUCAAGGACCCUGCAUGGUCUUGCAGUUUCUUCAAGGUUUCCAACGGUUGUGGUCAUUACGGACGCAAUUGGCAUAGCUGAAUACCAAGAAGAUAGAAAGGUUGUAACGAGUGAAAUCAUUCAAGCUCUGGAAAGAGGAGGAGCAAAAAAGGUUGCAUUCAACCCGAUCACCGUUAAUGCUAUUUUGAAGGUCCUGAAGAAAGUGCAACUUAUUGAGAAGUCCAAGGCUCCGCUCGAGAGUUUAACCUCUAUAGCUGAGAACUGUUUGGGCGAUAUUCGGCAAGCUUUGGCAUCCCUACAGUUUCUUUGCCUUGGUCUUGAUUCACGUGCUCCACGUAGUUCGAACUGGGACCCCGGAGGUGGUGACGCUUGGAGUUUUGAAACCAAAUUGCCAUCAAACGAUUGUAAAGCGCUUACUCAAAGUAAUGUCCCCGAGACGCCAACUUUAGGGGAUCGAGACUUGAGUUUGUCCCUUUUUCAUGCCCUGGGAAAAAUCUUGCACAACAAGAGGUUCAAUGAUGUGCUGGCUCCUACAAAUGAUUGUGAGAAGCUUAGGCUGAAAGAGGAGUAUCGCAGAAAUCCAUUGAAAAUGGCGGAGCCUGAAGUUGUUUUAUCUCAGGCAUACGCAGAAACAGCCACAGUAGCUGCGUUUCUUCAGGAGAAUGUUUUGCAGUUUGUGGAUGAGGAAGCUACGGAUGAUGUAGCGUCUAUAUCAUCAUACCUGAGCGACGCAGAUUGUUUGCUUGGUGGAGAAGGAAGUAUGCGUUCCAGGCGUGGUGCUCUAAACUUUUCUGACGUCGAGCCUUCUCAGGUGGCAUACGCCGCCGCCAGUUCUGUAGCUGCCCGUGGAGUUCUCUUCUCCAAUGUCCAUCCCGCUCCUCCUAGGUGGCAGAGUCUUCGAGCACCCUUUCUUUGGCAAGUGGAACGCCAAAGGAAUCGGAAAAAGAUUGAGAUCUCCUCGGAUGCCUUGUCCGGUAUGUUUCCUACUAUACAUGUAAGUAGUUCAGUUCUAGCCACGGAGGUGUACCCUUAUAUUCAAAAACUGCCCAGGCAGUCUAGCAGUAUAUGGCAUGCUACAGAAAUCUAUGAGCAUAUAUGUGCGGAGCCUCUCAUCCCAGAUGAAGAUGAAAUGGAGCUGGAUACCAUGGCCGACGACGCGAAACCCGUCAAACAGAAUAGUUUUGUUCUUGAGUCAAUUGAUUCAGAAAUGGACAUAGAAGAUGAAAUAGAGGAAUGGUAAAACACCACGUACUUGUACAUAAUUUUUUAAACUUAUAUAUACAAGGAGUCAUGUGUCUGGAGC